CCCGCUGGUGCACCUGGGAGGCCCUAGACGGGACCUCUAGGGGAGAGGGCGGGCCAGCCCUAGGGGCUGCUGAUGUGGCCCCAGGGCUGAGUCCAGGAGGGGGUCUGGCCUUGGCCCCAGGCCCCCCAAGGAGCCGGCCCUACACUCCAUGGGGUUGCCGCUGCCCAGGGAGAAGGGGCACAUUCUCUGCCUGUGGAGAAAGUUCCGUAGGUGGUUCCAGAGACAGGAGUCAUGGGCUCGGAGGCGAGAUGAUGAGAACCUGCUGCAGCAGAAGAGGAUCUGGGAGUCUCCUCUCCUCACAGCUGCCAAAGAGAACGAUAUCCAGGCUCUCAGCAAGCUGCUCAAGUAUGAAGCCUGCGAUGUCCACCAGAAAGGAGCCCUGGGGGAGACGGCACUGCACGUGGCGGCCCUCUAUGACAACCUGGAGGCCGCCAUCGCGCUGAUGGAGGCUGUCCCGGAGCUGGUCAAUGAGCCCAUUACCUCUGAGCUGUAUGAAGGUCAGACGGCACUGCACAUGGCCGUCAUGAACCAGAACGUGAACUUGGUGAAAGCCCUGCUCGCCCAUGGGGCCAACGUGUCUGCAAGAGUUACAGGCUCCAAUUUCUGCCCCGGUCCCCACAAUCUCAUCUCCUUUGGGGAGCACCCUUUGUCCUUUGCGGCCUGCAUGGGCAGCGAGGAGAUCGUGAGGCUGCUCAUAGAGCACGGCGCUGACAUCCGGGCCCAGGACUCCCUGGGAAACACAGUGCUGCACAUCCUCGUCCUGCAGCCCAACAAAACCUUUGCCUGCCAGAUGUACAACCUGCUGCUGUCCUACGAUGCGCGUGGGGACCACCUGCAGUCCCUGGAUCUUGUGCCCAAUCACCAGGGCCUCACCCCCUUCAAGCUGGCUGGAGUGGAGGGCAACACCAUGAUGUUCCAAAACCUGAUGCAAAAACGGAAGUACAUCCAGUGGACGUACGGGCCGCUGACCUCCACUCUCUACGAUCUCACGGAGAUUGACUCCUCAGGGGAGGAGCAAUCCCUGCUGGAGCUUGUCGUCACCUCCAAGAAGCGGGAGGCUCGCCAGAUCCUGGACCAGACGCCAGUGAAGGAGCUGGUGAACCUCAAGUGGAAGAGAUACGGGUGGCCAUACUUCUGUAUGCUGGCUGCCAUAUACCUGCUGUACAUGGUCUGCUUUACCACGUGCUGUGUCUACCGCCCCCUCAAUCCCAGGACCGACAAACAAACUGGCCCCCGGGACAACACCCUCCUACAGCAGAAGCUACUUCAGGAGGCCUACGUGACCCCCGAGGAUCACCUCCGACUGGUGGGGGAGCUGGUGUCCGUCUUUGGAGCUGUGAUCAUUCUGCUCAUAGAGGGCCUUUGUGUUUUCCUGGCCUCUCUCCAGAUUCCAGACAUCUUCCGCGUGGGGGUCACUCGCUUCUUUGGACAGACCAUCCUUGGAGGACCGUUCCACGUCCUCUUCAUCACCUAUGCCUGCAUGGUGCUGGUGACCAUGGUGAUGAGGCUCACCAACACCAACGGGGAGGUGGUGCCCAUGUCCUUCGCCCUGGUGCUGGGCUGGUGCAACGUCAUGUACUUUGCCCGAGGAUUCCAGAUGCUGGGCCCCUUCACCGUCAUGAUCCAGAAGAUGAUUUUUGGCGAUCUGAUGAGAUUCUGCUGGCUGAUGGCUGUGGUCAUCCUGGGCUUUGCCUCAGCCUUCUUUAUCAUCUUCCAGACAGAGGACCCUAACGAGCUGGGCCAUUUCUACAAUUACCCCAUGGCGCUGUUCAGCACCUUCGAGCUGUUCCUCACCAUCAUCGACGGCCCUGCCAACUACGACGUGGACCUGCCCUUCAUGUACAGCAUCACCUACGCUGCCUUCGCCGUCAUCGCCGCUCUGCUCAUGCUCAACCUCCUCAUCGCUAUGAUGGGCGACACGCACUGGCGCGUAGCCCACGAGCGGGAUGAGCUCUGGAGGGCCCAGGUCGUGGCCACCACAGUGAUGCUGGAAAAGAAGCUGCCUCGCUGCCUGUGGCCUCGCUCUGGGAUCUGCGGGCGCAAGUUCGGGCUGGGGGACCGUUGGUUCCUGCGGGUGGAAGACAGACAGGAUCUCAACCGGCAGCGCGUCUGGCGCUACGCGCAGGCCUUCUGCAACCCAGGCUCUGAAGAUGACAUGGAAGGACGGUGGCUGGGCGGCCCCUUCGGCCCCCACCUGUCCCUUCCUGCCCCCUCGGUGUCUCGAAGUACUUCCCGCAGCAGCAUGAAUUGGGGGAGGCUGCGGGAAGCGACCCGGAGGAGAGAGCGGAGGGGGACGGUGAACAGGGCUGUGGAGGACGGGGAGGGUUGGGAGUACCAGAUCUGAGUGCCUCCGCCCACCUUGGUGCCCGGCGGCAUCAAGAAACAAAGCCUAGACCUCUCAUCGGCCAGGUCCAGAGGGUAGAACACAAUAAAGGGAAACCAAGGAGCAGGCCCACGCCUCACGGUAAGCACAGGGCCCAGCGUGAAGAAGGACCCAGCUUCAACCACCCUGGCGGCUGCAGUGUCUGAGCAAAGCACUUUAAGAAAGGCUUGCUGCCUCGGGCUCCACCCCGGUGUCACAGCUGCAGACGGCGGAGGAGGCUGGGGAAAGGUGUUAUGAGGGGAUGGGUACCGCCUCGGGGGGAAGACACCUCCUACCUUCCAAUAA